AAGCCCGCAGUGCCCGGAUGUGAAUGGAUUACAAUGUAUCUUUCAGGGAAACCUAUUAUUAUCAAUGUGACUCCACGGGGGAGUCAAUGGUGAUGAUGAUGAGGAGGAGGAGGAUGAUGAUGAUGAGACACCUCUAAACUUGGAACAAGUUUAAGACUUUAUAAGAGGAGAAGAAAAAAAAACCCACCAACAAGAUUUGUUUGAGGAAAAAUUCUAACUAUCCUGUAUUGAUAUUUUUUUUAUAAACAAUAAGAAAAAGUUGUUGGAUUUUUUUUUAAUGAUUUCUUUUUUGGGGGAGGGAAUUUUGUUGCAGUUUUAUGGUGGAAAAUGCAAAAACCACAGCCAGGUGCAUAAUCUUGUAUUCUGUGGAUAUCCCUGGAGCAGAACUGAGUACCAGUUAAAAUACUUUUUUGGGGGAUACACAUGUGAGAUACUAAGUACUUGCAGAAGAUUUUUGUCUUUCUUUUUAAAGUCACUUUCCUUGGAAUAUUGUGAGCAUAUUUGUGGCCAUUUAAGAUGUUUUCACCUCCUGUGAGCAGUGGGAAAAAUGGACCAACUUCUUUGGCGAGUGGACAUUUUACUGGCUCAAAUGUAGAAGACAGAAGUAGCUCAGGGUCCUGGGGGAAUGGAGGACAUCCAAGCCCGUCCAGGAACUAUGGAGAUGGGACUCCCUAUGACCACAUGACCAGCAGGGACCUUGGGUCACAUGACAAUCUCUCUCCACCUUUUGUCAAUUCCAGAAUACAAAGUAAAACAGAAAGGGGCUCAUACUCAUCUUAUGGGAGAGAAUCAAACUUACAGGGUUGCCACCAGAGUCUCCUUGGAGGUGACAUGGAUAUGGGCACCCCAGGAACCCUGUCGCCCACCAAACCUGGCUCCCAGUAUUAUCAGUAUUCUAGCAAUAACCCCCGAAGGAGGCCUCUUCACAGUACUGCCAUGGAGGUGCAGACAAAGAAAGUUCGAAAAGUUCCUCCAGGUUUGCCAUCCUCAGUUUAUGCUCCAUCAGCAAGCACUGCCGACUACAAUAGGGACUCGCCAGGCUACCCUUCCUCGAAACCAGCAGCCAGCACUUUCCCUAGCUCCUUCUUCAUGCAGGAUGGCCAUCACAGCAGUGACCCUUGGAGCUCCUCCAGUGGGAUGAAUCAGCCUGGCUACGGAGGAAUGUUGGGCAGUUCUUCUCAUAUUCCACAGUCUAGCAGCUACUGUAGCUUGCAUCCACACGAACGCUUGAGCUAUCCAUCACACUCCUCAGCAGACAUCAAUUCCAGUCUUCCUCCGAUGUCCACUUUCCACCGUAGUGGCACAAACCAUUACAGCACCUCUUCCUGUACACCUCCUGCCAACGGGACCGACAGUAUAAUGGCAAAUAGAGGAAGCGGGGCCGCCGGCAGCUCCCAGACUGGAGAUGCUCUGGGGAAAGCACUUGCUUCGAUCUAUUCUCCAGAUCACACUAACAACAGCUUUUCAUCAAACCCUUCAACUCCUGUUGGCUCUCCUCCUUCUCUCUCAGCAGGCACAGCUGUUUGGUCUAGAAAUGGAGGACAGGCGUCAUCAUCUCCUAAUUAUGAAGGACCCCUACACUCUUUGCAAAGCCGAAUUGAAGAUCGCUUAGAAAGACUGGAUGAUGCUAUUCACGUUCUCCGGAAUCAUGCAGUGGGCCCAUCCACAGCUAUGCCUGGUGGUCAUGGGGACAUGCAUGGAAUCAUUGGACCUUCUCAUAAUGGAGCAAUGGGUGGUCUGGGCUCAGGGUAUGGAACUGGUCUUCUUUCAGCCAACAGACAUUCACUCAUGGUUGGGGCCCAUCGUGAAGACGGUGUGGCCCUGAGAGGCAGCCAUUCUCUUGUGCCAAACCAGGUUCCAGUUCCACAGCUUCCUGUCCAGUCUGCAACUUCCCCUGAUUUGAACCCGCCCCAGGACCCUUACAGAGGCAUGCCACCAGGAUUGCAGGGCCAGAGCGUCUCCUCUGGCAGCUCUGAGAUCAAAUCAGAUGACGAGGGCGAUGAGAACCUGCAAGACACGAAAUCUUCCGAGGACAAGAAGUUAGAUGACGACAAGAAGGAUAUCAAAUCGAUUACUAGCAAUAAUGAUGACGAGGACCUGACCCCCGAGCAGAAGGCAGAGCGCGAGAAGGAGCGGAGGAUGGCCAACAAUGCCCGCGAGCGCCUGCGUGUCCGCGACAUCAACGAGGCUUUCAAGGAGCUCGGCCGCAUGGUGCAGCUCCACCUCAAGAGCGACAAGCCCCAGACCAAGCUCCUGAUCCUCCACCAGGCCGUGGCCGUCAUCCUCAGCCUGGAGCAGCAAGUUCGAGAAAGGAAUCUGAACCCGAAAGCCGCGUGUCUGAAAAGAAGGGAGGAAGAGAAGGUGUCCUCGGAGCCUCCCCCGCUCUCCUUGGCGGGCCCGCACCCUGGAAUGGGAGAUGCGUCGAACCACAUGGGACAGAUGUAAAAGGGUCCAAGCUGCCACAUUGCUUCAUUAAUACAAGAGACCACUUCCUUAACAGCUGUAUUAUCUUAAACCCACAUAAACACUUCUCCUUAACCCCUUUUUUUGUAAUAUAAGACAAGUCUGAGUAGUUAUGAAUCGCAGACGCAAGAGGUUUCAGCAUUCCCAAUUAUCAAAAAACCGAAAAACACACAAAAAAAAAAAAGAAAGAAAAAAGUGCAACUUGAGGGGUGACCCUCUAACAUAUCAUUCAGAAUGUGCAAAGCGGCGUGUGCAGGCUGAGACGCAGCCCAGAGACUGAAUGGCAAUCUUUCCACACUGUGGAACAAUGCAUUUGUGCCUAAACUUCUUUUGGAAAAAAAAAUAUAAUUAAUUUGUAAGUCUGAAAAAAAAUAUUUAAUUUAAAAAAUUGUAAACUUGCAAUAAUGAAAAAGUGUACUUCUGAAGAAAACUACAUGAACGUUUUUGUUGGUAUUCAAGUCAGCUAGUGUUUAUAAUUACUGGAUAUUGAAUAAGGGAAGCUCGGCUGCCCUAGUAACAAAACCAGCAAACGUCCUGAUGACAACGAAGUGAUGACAUUAGCCAUUCCUUAGGGUAGGAGGAACAGAUGGAUCUUAUAGACCUAUGACAAAUAUAUAUAUAAAUAUAUAUAUAAAUAUAUAUUAAAAAUUUAGUGACUAUGGUAAGCUUUUGUUCAUUUGUUUCAGACUUUUUUCUCCUGUAAAAAAAUAGUACUGAUUAACUUUUUUAAAAGAAAGAUUUUACUGUAAAUACGGAUUUUUUUUUUUUUUUUGGGUCUUAUUUCUGUCCCUUUCCCUGGUUUGUUAUCGUAACCUGUAGUGCCAACUCUGCUUCUGGAGGGGUAGUGCAGGAUCAAAUGCUGACCCUGAUGUUGCUUUUCAUUCAUAAAAUAAGUAGAAAGUUGUUUCUCCAGUCUUUUGGGAACACAGGACUUAAAAGUCACAUCAUGUGUAGAUAUUACAAGCAGCAUUACCAAGACAUGGCAAAAAGAGUUUGUCUGAACUGUAAUGUUGCGUUUGUGACCCUAUUCUGGGAUUUUCAGAGGUACAAGGUUAGAAUGCUACAAUGUUACCACUGUGCCUUCCAAUGUUUAUAUCAUCGGAAACAUAACAUAAUCAAAGUGGCUGUGAUUUAACAAAAUGAUUCAAGUGUUACCUACAUGUGUAGCCGAAGUAGUGUGCAGUGAGGCGUUUCUGAAUACAUGGUCAGAUUUUUGGAAAAAAACAAAAACAAAAAAAACAAGUAAAGUUCAAAAACCAUCAAAUGAGAAAAUUGCAAGUAGUGUGACAGAGCUGAUUGAUUUUUGUUGCUUUCUUGAUUUUUUGUUUUCAAAAUGGGUUUACUAAGAUGUAGAUGACUUAACUGCCUCCUCCUUCGUCUGAAAAAUGCCAAUAUUCAAUCAUCAUGCAGCAUUAUAACAAGCCUUAUAAGUCCUAAAGCAUUAAGUUGCACUUUCUUGAGGAGGGGUAGUGCAGUAUUUCUCUGGCCAGUAUGAAUGAAGUUUAUACUUAACAUAUUUGAUAGAAACAUAGAUCAAGCUAUGGCACAGCAACUCAUCAGAUAGCUAGCUUUGACGUCUGGGCACAAUUGAACCAACUUCCAUCGUGAAUCUUUAUAAUGAUUGACUUUGGUGUAUAGUGCAGUAAACAAAUAGUGCUCCUAGUUAAGUAUUUGUCAGCAUCCUUUUGUCUCUAACUCGUUUCUAUUUUUACAGCCACACAAUCUUGGCAUGUAUUAAGAAAAAAAAAUCCCUGUUCAAGUAGUUUUUCCACCUAUCAGCACUGAGUAAAUGCCAUAAAUCCAUCGAAAUGGUCUAAAUGUUCCAUCUGUUCUCCUGUUUUGCCAGUUAUAUAGUAAUGAAAUACAUUUGUAAAUUUUAUGCAACAAAUGGCAAACGUAUCAUUAUUUUGAAAUUGUGUAUGUAAAAGUUAUAUUUUUACAUGUAGACUCUUGUUAUUAUGUGUUUUAAUACAUUGUAUCAGUUUUUGUUGUUUUUUUUAAGCUGUGUGGUUUAAAAAACGUCUCAUUUAAAUGAAAUAGUGAGCUACAAGAAUCUGAAUUUUAUGUUCAUUUCCGAAAAUGUAAGAACAAAUAAGAUAGUUACCACGUGGUCAUCUUUUACAAACCCAUAAACAUUUUGAUUAGCUGUGUGUGUGUGUUGAAAACUGUAAAUAUGUUCAGUAGCGAUAAAACUAAAAUACUUUGAUUUGUUGAUAAGUUCCUAAAAUGUGGAGGUGGAUUCAGACCUUAGGAGAAUAGCAGAAAUCAAACUUCAUGAAGUUAUUUUGAGGCUUGCCUGUGAAAUGUACGAACAAAGGGGCUCAAAGAAGGGCAUGGAAGACAACUGUUGUAUACUCUCCCCUCCUCCCGAACAAUGGAAACCAUGUGUAACUUGUUCCCUCAGUAUGUUGAAGAUUUCCUUUUAGUGGUACAUUCUGCACUCAUUUUGUAUAGUCUACCAAGGCGGGUAUCCCUAGGAACAAUAUUAUAGAGGAAGCAGGUCUACUCUGAUCACAUUCAGGAUAAGUGUACAGAAGAAAAUAUGGUGUUUACUCUUUAGGGAACUGGAAACACUCCCUGCAUUGAUGUACAUUUUAAGAAUGGCACUUUUGAUACGUGUUAUCAUGAAGGUGCUUCACAGAGCUGAUUUAAAGUUUUUCAAACCUGUAAGCAAAGCAAAAAGAAAAAUUAAAUUGUAGUUGAUUAUUUUUUAAAUUGGUGCUUUAUAUUUUGUUCUCACUCAAACAGUAAAAGCUGCAAUUUAUUGUUCACCAGCUUUGACGUAUUCAUUACUCAGUAAUGGAAUACGUCUAUUGUUGAAUUCCCUUUGGAAAUAAGCGAAAAACUUUCUAAUGGCCACCAAAAGCUGCUCACUCCUUUUGCUUGGUGGAGAAACAAGAUCUGCGCCUAUACCUAUUAAUUGGGUUGUAUCCACAUUUAAAAAAAAAAAAAAGAAGAAGAAGAAGAAAAGAAAGAAAAAAAAAAGGUGAAAAGGAAUGUGGCCUUUUUAGUGUGUUUUUUCUUGUCGUUGUUUUGUAAUUAUCAAACCCAGGUAAGAUAUUGGUAUCCUGCGUUGGAUUUUCGAAUGAUACUUAGCAGAAGACAGUUAGGAUUAGAGUACUAUACGGAAUUUCAUAAGGGUCCAUACUAUACCGUAUAUCUGAUGCUACUUGGGCUGGGGAUCUGUCGAAGAGACGUGGACUUUAAAAGCAACUUGGAACAGUCAAUCCGCCUCCACAUUCAAGUAAUUUAGGAAUAUUCAGAAUAGGGAUCUGUUCAUCUAGAAACUUUUACCAUUUGUCUUCUGUGUAGCUGCAAGGAACACUAAUGUUUAUACAACUGUCAGUCCACCCAGUAACACAACUGGUUCUGAUUCAGUCUUCCGAUUCCUUUUUGUUUUGCGCUUUUUCCUAUUUCCUGAUUUUUUUUUUUUAUUCGUGAUCUUCAUUUUGAUGAGGGGUUGGGGGGUGGGGAGGGAGAUGAACCAAGACUCGGGGGUUAAGAGGAUUUCGUCUUGGAUCCAACAGGCAGAAUAUGAUCUGUGUCCAAAAGUGAACUUGAGUCAGGAAUGAGACAAUUUCAGCAUAAACAAGCACAAAAAUUUAGUCUGCUGGCUGACUGGAAACAAAAAAAAAAAAAAAAAAGGUCAAGAUGGAAUAUGAUGAAUUCCAACACAAUGGGGCACCAAGGCCUUUAGGCCUCUCUUUAUUUUGCUUUGGUUUUGUUUGUUUUUCUUUAGAGACAUGCUCUUUCUCAUGGGACUUGAAGUGGACUCAUGUUUGUGCAGUGCUGGUUUUGCCAUACUCAUUUCAAGUAUUAUAGACAUAUGUAAUGGUGAAAAUAUAUGAACUGUGGCCUUUUUCAUUCUUGUUACUUGUGAUGCAAUUAAGUGAAGAUAAGAAAAAAAAAGCAGAGAUUUACCAUGUAUCAGUGCCUGGCUUUUUGUUAUAAAGCUUUGUUUGUCUAGUGCUCUUUUUGCUAUAAAAUAGACUGUAGUACACCCUAGUAGGAAAAAAACUAAAUUUAAAAAUAAAAAAUAUAUUUGGCUUAUUUUUCGCAGGAGCAAUCCUUUUAUACCAUGAAUAUUACAAAAAAAAUUGUCAGAUUCUGAAUAUUUCUUCUUUGUAGAUUUUUGGAAUCAUUAUGAGUAAAAGUUUGUUACUUUAUUUUACUAUUUAAAAGAUGUUAUUUUACCAUGUGUUACUGAGAUGAAACUGUAUGGUAGCCUUUUUUGUUUUUUGUUUUUAUUUUUUGUUUUCGUUUUGUUUUUUUAGUUGUAGGUCGCAGUGGGGAAAUUUUUUGCGACUGUACACAUAGCUGCAGCAUUAAAAACUAAAAAAAAAUUGUUAAAAAAAGAAAAAAAGGGAAAAGAUUUCAAAAAAAAAGAUAAAACAGUUACACCUUGUUUUCAAUGUGUGGCUGAGUGCCUCGAUUUUUUCAUGUUUUUGGUGUAUUUCUGAUUUGUAGAAGUGUCCAAACAGGUUGUGUGCUGGAGUUCCUUCAAGACAAAAACAAACCCAGCUUGGUCUAGGCCAUUACCUGUUUCCCAUCUGUAGUUACUCGAUGAAGUCAUGUACAUGACCGUUCUGUAGCAAUAAAUGUGCCAUUUUUAUAAACUGUUUCUGACACUUGUUUCAUUUCAUUUUGCAUUGUCCAUAUAGCCCUGAUUCUCUUCUGUCAGUAGAACCACAUCUAUAUUUCAUUUUCCAAGUGUUGGAGGUAUUGACGGCUUAACAAACAAAACAUACAAAAAAAAAUUAACAAAAACAAAUUGAAAAGCAAAGCACAUGAUUGACCAAGGAAGAGAUGCCCUUAAUGAAAAUGGAACGGGAUGCAUGCAAAACAAAAAGAAAACUGUCUAGAGGAUUAACUAAUUGAAGGAAUAUAAUUAAUGUGCGUGUAACACUGAAGCUAUGCAUUUGAAGAGCUCUGAACUGUGCCAGUGUUUCUGGUUACGCUGCGGCUUUGCUAAGUCAGGUCAGCCUUAACCACUUGGAUCAGUUGGUCGACUGUCUGGCAGAACCUUCUCAGCUCGAUCUUUUCAGUUAAAAAUCUAAGAUGAUUUAUUUUGUAUCACUUUGUGAAGAGCUGGAUAUUGUUAACCACAAUUAAUCUUACACUGUAUUUAUACUUUCUCAAACUAUAUCCACCCCACCAUUUCUGGUUGACUCUGUUGACUCGUAAUCCAGAUGUAAACAACCAGAUGUGUGGAUUUUUUUUUUCCUAAACUUGUACAAACUGACGUGUGUCACCUAUGAUGGGAGGGAAAAAAAUGUACAGAUUAAAAUUAUUCAGUGUUAUGUACUGUAAGUUAAUAUUUUUGUAGAAUGGACAUCAAUCUACUUGGCAAGACUUGGAGGCUGUUUCAACAUUGCAUUGUAGAAAUGUAAAGUAAUGUAUGCAAUGGAAAGGAAAGCCUGUGGUAGAUGAACACUCCAUAGCAGAAUGUUCUAAUCAAGUACAUGGUAUUUGGGGAUGUCUCCAUAUUGCUCUUGUAUUCUUUCUAAUGGAGUUUAGUGACUAGUUUACCUGAAGGAAAAUGUUAUAACGCCAUUUGGUUCACAUGUGAAGUGCCCUCCAUAGCCAAAUGUUGGGAUUUUUUUUUCUUUUUGGUUGGACUGUUUGCAGAUAUUUAAAUUUUAUGAAAUUUCCAAAGAUUUUGGUUGAUAACCCCUUUUUUUUUUCUUCCAAAUGAUUUGAGAUGUUCUUAUGUUCUUACUGUGUGUUUUAAAUAUAUAUAAAAGAGCCACAAGCAUUUAGUCUUUUAGUUAUUAUAUUUGACCAUAUAACUAAAAAGGGGGAAAAUGAGCUUGGGCACCACUUCAGUGUUUGUUAUAUAGCCUAUUAACAUUAUGUUUUAUUUAAAAGGACCACAUUAAACAUUAAACUUCAA